CCGAGCACGCCCCGCGUCCCCGCCCCGCAAGGGCAGCGUCCUCGGCGCCGAAGGCCCUCGGGAGAGAAGACGCCCGAGGCCGGCCGGAGGGCUCCGAGAGGAAGGAGAAGCGCCCCGCGGGGCCCGCGGCCCAGGGCGGGAGGGCAGCCGGCGGGGCUCGGCACUGGUUGCGCAGGGACCUGCGCGUGCGCUGCGUGGACAAGCUGCACGAGGGCGGCCGGUAUUACAACACCAAGAUGAAGAUCGAAGAUGUCCCGAGCCCAGAUUCGUGCGUGUGCCGGACAGAUGAAGGACGGGUCCUGGAAGGCCUGAGGGAAGACAUGCUGGAGACCCUGGUGCCUAAGUGUGUUACCCACUUUGUGCAUCACUGGGACAAAGCACCCUACAUGGGCAAUUUAAAGGGGAAGUUUUACCUGGACUCACAAUGUCAGUCCAAGCCUGUACCUAGAAUUGAGGUUCACAUUCUUCAGUUUUUCUCCUGUACUACUCUCCAGUGUGGCACAUUAGUUCACAUUUGGAUGAAAUCAACUUCUAAUUCUGAACUUCAAGAUCCAGUAUCAUUAUAUCCUAUUGUUUUAUUAGCCAUCGUCUAAACCAAGUGCUUGUGAAGGAAUAAAGAAAAAAAAAUCUCCAAACUGGAAA